GUCGCGAACCUCGACGCGGUCCUCGGCGACGGGACGCGGCGAGACGCGAUCGCCGCGCUCGCCGCCGCGGUGGGCGCGUACCUCUGGGUGAAACUCUUCGACGUGCUCGCGUCCAACGACGUCCUCGAACGCAAGCUGUCCAGAAAGCUCAUCCACACGUCGUGCGGCCCGUUCUUCGUGCUGCUGUGGCCGCUGUUCAGCGCGUCGCCGAGCGCGAAGUACUUCGCCGCGGCGGUGCCGGUGUUGCAAGGGAUACGUCUGAUGGCCAUCGGCGUCGGGGCGAUCGAAAACGAAGACGCGAUUCGCGCGGUGUCUCGAGAGGGCGACCGCACGGAGCUGCUUCGCGGGCCGCUGUACUACACCGCGGUCCUCGUCGUGUGCACCGCGGUGUUCUGGCGCGGCUCGCCGUCCGGGAUCGCCGCGCUGUCGCUCAUGUGCGGCGGCGACGGCCUCGCGGACAUCGUCGGUCGGAGGCUCGGGAAGGGGAACCCGCUGCCGUUCAACGCGGACAAGUCGUACGCGGGGAGCGCGGCUAUGUUUUUAGGCGGGUUCGGUCUGUCCCUCGCCCUGUGCGCGUUCUUCCACGCGCUCGGGUACAUGUCCGUGGACCCGGGAUCGGCGGCGGGGAGGCUCGCGCUGAUCGCGGCGGCGUGCACCGCGAUCGAGGCGCUGCCGGCGGGGUCGUUCCUGGACGACAACAUCUCCGUGCCGGUGGUGGCCGUCGUACUGGGGGGGGUGUUAUUU